GGUUCCUACGGCAGCAGCUGGACGGGGUGAUGGCGGACCAGCUGAACGUCGGGGUGAACCUGGAGGCCUUCUCCCAGGCCAUUCACGCCAUCCAGGCGCUGCGCUCCAGCGUCACCAGGGUCUUUGACUGCCUAAAGGAUGGCAUGAAGAACAAGGAGAGCCAGGAGGCCCGGGAGAGAGCCUUCAUCAGCGACUUCCAGGACAACCUGCACUCCGUCAACCGGGACCUCAAUGAAUUGGAGCGUCUCAGUAACCUGGUGGGGAAGCCGUCUGAGAACCACCCCCUCCAUAACAGCGGCCUGCUGAGCCUGGACCCCGUCCACGACAAGACCCCGCAGUACAGCCAGCUGCUGCAGGCCUAUAAGUGGUCCAAUAAGUUGCAGUACCACGCCGGCCUGGCUUCCGGACUCCUAAACCAGCAGUCCCUGAAACGCUCUGCCAACCAGAUGGGAGUGUCGGCCAAGAGGAGACCCAAGGCUCAGCCCACGACCCUCGUCCUCCCGCCUCAGUACAUUGACGAUGUCAUUACCCGGAUUGACCGCAUGUUCCCGGAGAUGACCAUCCAUUUAUCCAGACCCAACGGGACUUCCGCCAUGUUGCUGGUGACCCUGGGCAAAGUGCUGAAGGUGAUUGUGGUGAUGCGCAGCCUCUUUAUCGACCGCACCAUCGUGAAGGGCUACAACGAGAACGUCUACACCGAGGACGGCAAGCUGGACAUAUGGUCGAAGUCCAACUAUCAAGUCUUCCAAAAGGUUACAGACCACGCCACAACAGCCUUGCUGCAUUACCAGCUGCCACAGAUGCCCGACGUGGUGGUGCGGUCAUUUAUGACCUGGUUAAGAAGUUACAUCAAGCUGUUCCAGGCUCCGUGCCAACGCUGCGGAAAGUUCUUGCAGGACGGUCUGCCGCCCACGUGGAGGGAUUUCCGCACUUUAGAGGCCUUCCAUGAUACCUGUCGACAAUAGGGAGGGAUGGGGGCGGGGGGGGGGCGGUAUUAUUUGAGACGCAACUUUUCAAAGAGCAUUUUGUGGAUGAAGAUAUCUGCGCGUCUGGGGAGCGAGGACUUAGCACCUUGCGCAGACGAGACAUACGACCCAGGGUGGAAACUAUUAAUGCCAUCAAUGCGACAUUUGGAAACCGCUCAGGCCUCGGACUCGAGGGGCGCUGGGAAUUCAAUGAUUUCUUCGCCUGGUCUGGCAGCCAGCUCCGCAGGGAACCGGGAAAUGUUGACUUUUUCGAUCGCCGACCACGAGUUUUGGAGACCGUGUGGCGGGCCUGGUUUCUUUUUUAUUAAAAAUUUAUAUUUUUCUGUUUUCAAUAAAAAAAUGUAAAAAAUG